AGUAUAGUGCCUAGCUGUCUAGCAUGUGGAGAGGUUGUGGCUUUCCCUUCUCCCUUACAUGCACCCCCUAUUACUCUCCCAACUGGCAAAUUUGAUACAUUCACAUAGAGAGUAUGAAUGAGGAGAGUGAGGACAAAAAUACUCUAGGAUUUGAGCCCGAUACGCUUUGGUUUUUUCCACACCUUCCCCACAGUUGUAAGUUCUAUCCCCAGCUCAGCACCAAAAAUAGACUUACAUAGAGCCCCACUGUGUUUGUUACUGCCCCUAGCUAGCUCUCCUUCUUGAUAAAAAGGCAGGCUCAUUCAAGAAAUGUUCUCAUCUCUUGUAGUUUCUUUGAGACUUGUAAACAAAGAGAAAUAGCUAUAGCUAAGUGCUAGCUAGGAGGAAAAUGAAUUUCCUGGCCUCAGAAUGCAGUGCUGAUUGUGAGUCUGGUUGGACGCUAUACUUGGAACAAUCUUUUCUUUCUAACCCAAAUUCUAAACAUAGAAAUAAGACCAACUUUGUUGAUGCAGAGAGUGCUGGUCUUUGUAGAGAAGGUAAAAACACUAGAGAGGAGAGUGAAGAAGAAGAUGAGGAGGAGGAGGAGGACUUGUCUAUGGUCUCUGACGCAUCUUCUGGUCCUCCACAUUUCCAUGAAGAUGAAAAUUACUUCAACUAUGAUAAUGGCCACUUUUACCCAUCACUCAAGGGCACUACAUUGCUGAACAAUGGUUCCAAUUAUAGGGAAAAAAAGAAAGAACAUAGCCGUCAGUCACGUCACAGACAGGAUCAAGAACUGCCUCCUUUUCUUGAUGAUACUGCUAGCUCUCCUGCUUUCAACUUCUCCAAGCAGAAUAAUUUUGCUCUCUCCAACAGUAACCAAGAUUCAAUGGAGAGUGUCUUCGAUUAUUCACAAAGUUUUUCAGCAACUCAUUUUCAGGGAAGAUCCACAUAUCAAGACCACAUUGGUUGCAUACACCCUUCUCUAUCUGGAAACAAGCUUCAAAAUAACCAGUUAAGUGGUUUAAUUAAGGGAAGAGUAAUGUAUGGUGAUACUUACUGUCAUUGGAACUACUGUUGAGGUUGCUCUAAAAGAGACGAAGGGAAGAGGGCUGCCAAAUGCAACCAACUAAAAUAAAGAAAGAAAGAGCUGCCAAAGUACAAAAAGAAAAACAGAGGGUCUCAGAAGAUCCUGUUGCUUUAUUUUUUCUUCUUUUCUUUUGAAGUUUUUCCUUUUCCUGUCAAUGCAAUAGGAACAUAUAUACUUAAGAGCAAAAUUUAUGUCUCUUGCCAA